AUGGCGCCACACCCGCCCAUAGGAAUCCAGAGACUGGCUUCAUUCUCACAUCAGACAUGGGCGCCCAGGAAGAAAAAGCAAGUAAGAUUUGAAGAGAACGGACACAUAGGCACGUGCUUGCAUAGGAAGAAAAAGCAAGUAAGAUUUGAAGAGAACAGACACAUAGGCACGUGCUUGCGCAGGAAGAAAAAGCAAGUAAGGUUUGAAGAGAACGGACACAUAGGCACGUGCUUGCGCAGGAAGAAAAAGCAAGUAAGAUUUGAAGAGAACGGACACAUAGGCACGUGCUUGCAUAGGAAGAAAAAGCAAGUAAGAUUUGAAGAGAACAGACACAUAGGCACGUGCUUGCGCAGGAAGAAAAAGCAAGUAAGGUUUGAAGAGAACGGACACAUAGGCACGUGCUUGCGCAGGAAGAAAAAGCAAGUAAGGUUUGAAGAGAACGGACACAUAGGCACGUGCUUGCAUAGGAAGAAAAAGCAAGUAAGAUUUGAAGAGAACAGACUCAUAGGCACGUGCUUACGUAGGAAGAAAAAGCAAGUAAGAUUUGAAGAGAACGGACACAUAGGCACGUGCUUGCGUAGGAAGGAAAAGCAAGUAAGAUUUGAAGAGAACGGACACAUAGGCACGUGCUUGCGUAGGAAGCAAAAGCAAGUAAGAUUUGAAGAGAACGGACACAUAGGCACUUGCUUGCGUAGGAAGCAAAAGCAAGUAAGAUUUGAAGAGAACGGACACAUAGGCACGUGCUUGCGUAGGAAGAAAAAGCUAGUAAGAUUUGAAGAGAACAGACUCAUAGGCACGUGCUUACGUAGGAAGAAAAAGCAAGUAAGAUUUGAAGAGAACAGACACAUAGGCACGUGCUUGCGUAGGAAGGAAAAGCAAGUAAGAUUUGAAGAGAACGGACACAUAGGCACGUGCUUGCAUAGGAAGCAAAAGCAAGUAAGAUUUGAAGAGAACGGACACAUAGGCACGUGCUUGCGUAGGAAGCAAAAGCAAGUAAGAUUUGAAGAGAACGGACACAUAGGCACGUGCUUGCGUAGGAAGAAAAAGCUAGUAAGAUUUGAAGAGAACAGACUCAUAGGCACGUGCUUACGUAGGAAGAAAAAGCAAGUAAGAUUUGAAGAGAACAGACACAUAGGCACGUGCUUGCGUAGGAAGGAAAAGCAAGUAAGAUUUGAAGAGAACGGACACAUAGGCACGUGCUUGCGUAGGAAGAAAAAGCAAGUAAGAUUUGAAGAGAACGGACACAUAGGCACGUGCUUGCGUAGGAAGGAAAAGCAAGUAAGAUUUGAAGAGAACAGACACAUAGGCACGUGCUUGCGUAGGAAGAAAAAGCAAGUAAGAUUUGAAGAGAACGGACACAUAGGCACGUGCUUGCGUAGGAAGAAAAAGCAAGUAAGAUUUGAAGAGAACGGACACAUAGGCACGUGCUUGCGUAGGAAGAAAAAGCUAGUAAGAUUUGAAGAGAACAGGCUCAUAGGCACGUGCUUACGUAGGAAGAAAAAGCAAGUAAGAUUUGAAGAGAACAGACACAUAGGCACGUGCUUGCGUAGGAAGGAAAAGCAAGUAAGAUUUGAAGAGAACGGACACAUAGGCACGUGCUUGCGUAGGAAGCAAAAGCAAGUAAGAUUUGAAGAGAACGGACACAUAGGCACGUGCUUGCGUAGGAAGCAAAAGCAAGUAAGAUUUGAAGAGAACGGACACAUAGGCACGUGCUUGCGUAGGAAGAAAAAGCUAGUAAGAUUUGAAGAGAACAGACUCAUAGGCACGUGCUUACGUAGGAAGAAAAAGCAAGUAAGAUUUGAAGAGAACAGACACAUAGGCACGUGCUUGCGUAGGAAGGAAAAGCAAGUAAGAUUUGAAGAGAACGGACACAUAGGCACGUGCUUGCGUAGGAAGAAAAAGCAAGUAAGAUUUGAAGAGAACGGACACAUAGGCACGUGCUUGCGUAGGAAGGAAAAGCAAGUAAGAUUUGAAGAGAACAGACACAUAGGCACGUGCUUGCGUAGGAAGAAAAAGCAAGUAAGAUUUGAAGAGAACGGACACAUAGGCACGUGCUUGCGUAGGAAGAAAAAGCAAGUAAGAUUUGAAGAGAACGGACACAUAGGCACGUGCUUGCGUAGGAAGAAAAAGCUAGUAAGAUUUGAAGAGAACAGACUCAUAGGCACGUGCUUACGUAGGAAGAAAAAGCAAGUAAGAUUUGAAGAGAACAGACACAUAGGCACGUGCUUGCGUAGGAAGGAAAAGCAAGUAAGAUUUGAAGAGAACGGACACAUAGGCACGUGCUUGCGUAGGAAGAAAAAGCAAGUAAGAUUUGAAGAGAACGGACACAUAGGCACGUGCUUGCGUAGGAAGCAAAAGCAAGUAGUUGGUUAUUAG